CGAUUUUCGUUCCAGCUCUAGCCUGCAAGCUGUGUGUUUACUCUUGCUUAAAUCACUUAAAACCGCGCGAAAAACUAUAGUACCUGACCGCAAAACACCUCAGUCAUAAACAUCGACUGCUGUAAAAGCUAGAAGAUAAUACAAAGGAUUAUGUUUUGAUACUAGUGUACAACUCCACACAAAUCGAUAACUCUUGCAUUUGAUGUUAUUGUUCGAUAUAUAGCACCACCUUCUUGAAGACGAAAAUAUGGUAAAGCAUAGGAAAUAUUAAUGCAUAUCAUUUACUAAAGUGAAACAAAAAGACUGCUGUAUUGUUGCGAUACGAGUGCGAUAGUUGGCCAGCCAUCGAUAGUGCCGGCUGGAUGUUAUCGGAAAAUUGACAGCCCUAAAUCCUUUCGGAAAAUCCUCAAGUUCAGCUGCUUUUACACACACUGACCUUCAUUAUACAUACAGGCCGUGUAUACAAGGUGCUUGUGCGUGUGUUUGUGUGCGCCUGCAGGUGUGUGGGUGCACUGGUAAAAAGAUUGGAAAAGAAAGAAGCCAGAAAUCGGCGUUGAACAGGCGAAAAAUCAGAAUAUUUGGACCCGGAAAAGUUUGAAAUACCUAUAAAAAGUCAAGGACGACAUGCUGCCCCCCGCCUACGAGAGUAGAUGUGGGUGGCUCACCCAUUAAAACUCCACUAAAACGCAAGCGCAGAAUUUUUUUCGCCUUCAGUCAAGGAGUCAAGGCUUCUGCAUUUUCGGGGUCAUGGUCACAAGAUAUAAGAUAUAGCAGCAGCAUCAUGUCCAGCGAAUCCUCCACCGAAGGCGACAGCGAUCUGUACGAUCCUCUGGCCGAGGAGCUCCACAAUAUCCAGUUGGUUAAGCAUGUGACCAGGGAAAAUAUAGAUGCUCUCAAUGCAAAGUUUGCCAACCUGCAGGAGCCUCCAGCUAUGUACUUAAUGGAAUACCAGGAGUUGACCUCCAAGCUCCAUGAACUGGAGGCCAAGGAGCAGGAGCUAAUGGAGCGACUGAAUUCGCAGCAGCCAGAGCAGCCGGAGCAGCCGCACUACCAGAAUCAAACCCAAAUCCUGCAGCAGCAGCGGCAACUGGCCCGAGUGCAGCAACAUGGCAAUGAUCUGACGGAUAGCAUGGGCUCCCAACCGGGCAGCCAAUGUGGAACCUUGACCCGCCAACCCAAGAUCCUUUUAAGAGCCCACCUGCCCAAUCAACAGCGCACCUCGGUGGAGGUGAUUUCGGGUGUGCGGCUAUGUGAUGCUCUGAUGAAAGCCCUGAAACUGCGCCAAUUGACACCGGAUAUGUGCGAAGUGACCACAACGCAUUCAGGAAGACUUAUUAUACCUUGGAAUACGGACAUUGGCACACUGCAUACGGAGGAGAUCUUUGUGAGGCUAUUGGAUAAGUUCCCUAUAAGGACGCACAUAAAGCAUCAGAUCAUUAGGAAGACCUUCUUUUCGUUGGUGUUUUGUGAGGGCUGUCGAAGGCUCUUGUUCACUGGGUUCUACUGUAGCCAGUGCAAUUUCCGUUUCCAUCAGAGGUGUGCCAAUCGAGUGCCCAUGUUGUGCCAGCCCUUUCCCAUGGAAAGCUAUUAUCAGCUCCUGUUGGCCGAGAAUCCGGACAAUGGCGUGGGUUUUCCCGGCCGCGGUACUGCCGUCCGGUUUAAUGUGAGCAGCCGGAGUCGCAGUCGGCGGUGCAGCAGCAGCGGCAGCAGCAGCAGCUCCAAGCCACCAUCGUCAUCCUCCGGAAACCACCGACAGGGCCGCCCUCCCAGAAUUAGCCAGGAUGAUCGGUCUAAUUCAGCGCCCAAUGUGUGCAUCAAUAACAUUCGCUCGGUUACAAGUGAAGUUCAACGUAGUUUGAUCAUGCAGGCCAGGCCUCCGUUGCCGCAUCCUUGUACGGACCACUCCAACUCCACACAGGCGUCGCCCACGAGUACACUGAAGCAUCGUCCCAGGGCAAAAUCCGCCGAUGAGAGCAAUAAGAAUCUGCUUUCAAGGGACGCCAAGAGCUCCGAGGAGAACUGGAACAUCCUUGCGGAGGAGAUUUUGAUUGGGCCCCGGAUCGGAUCGGGCUCUUUCGGAACCGUUUACCGUGCCCACUGGCACGGACCCGUGGCCGUAAAGACGCUCAACGUGAAGACGCCUAGUCCCGCCCAGUUGCAGGCCUUCAAAAACGAAGUGGCCAUGCUCAAGAAGACGCGCCACUGCAACAUCCUGCUCUUCAUGGGCUGCGUGUCCAAACCCUCUCUAGCCAUCGUGACCCAAUGGUGCGAGGGCAGUAGUCUGUACAAGCACGUCCAUGUCAGCGAAACCAAGUUCAAGUUGAACACGCUCAUCGACAUUGGUCGCCAGGUGGCCCAGGGAAUGGAUUACCUACAUGCUAAGAAUAUAAUACACAGAGACCUUAAGUCGAAUAAUAUUUUUUUGCACGAGGAUCUGUCUGUUAAAAUUGGCGAUUUCGGACUGGCCACCGCGAAGACUCGCUGGUCUGGCGAAAAGCAGGCCAACCAGCCAACGGGCAGCAUAUUAUGGAUGGCUCCGGAGGUCAUACGCAUGCAAGAGCUUAAUCCCUACUCUUUCCAAUCGGACGUUUACGCCUUUGGCAUUGUGAUGUACGAACUGCUGGCGGAAUGUUUGCCCUACGGCCAUAUAAGCAACAAGGAUCAGAUCCUUUUUAUGGUGGGACGAGGACUUUUGCGACCGGAUAUGAGCCAAGUGCGUUCAGAUGCGCCCCAAGCCUUGAAGCGUUUGGCCGAGGACUGUAUCAAGUAUACGCCCAAGGAUCGUCCACUCUUUCGACCGCUGCUCAAUAUGCUUGAGAACAUGCUGCGCACUUUGCCCAAGAUCCAUCGCAGUGCCAGUGAACCCAAUUUGACGCAAUCGCAGCUGCAGAACGACGAAUUUCUGUACCUGCCCAGCCCAAAAACGCCGGUGAACUUCAACAACUUUCAGUUCUUCGGCAGUGCUGGAAAUAUUUAGACAGCAAGCUGUACCUGUACUUAUAUCCUGCGUGAUCAAUGUGAUCCUAUUCGAUCCUAUUUCUAUAUAUUUUUCCUUUUGUCCCUCUGUACAUAAGCGAUUUGGCGAAAGGACGGCUUUGGUUCGCCCACCAAAGUGAAAGAGAUGGGUUGCCUGCCGUCCCAAAGCGAAGUUAGCUGCUUUCCUUGGAACUGAAAAAGUGCAUUUCUGUUAUCACAAAACGACGACUACAAAACUGUAAACUAAACUGCAACGCCCAUGUGUACAUAACUGCAUCAUAACUUAUAUGUUAGGCAAAACUACUGAAACUAAACUUAACUAGCUGAUCGCAAUUACAUUAUACACAUUAUACUUAUACUACAAAAAACGGAAGGUGU